UAAAGAUGACAGAGAUAUCCACGCUAAUUAUGAAGAUGUGAAACCUUAUCUUGAUCAUGAAUUAUUAUCUGGUGCACAACGUCAAGCCACUUCAAAGGCUCCAGAUACAGAGCUCUACAAGGUUUACUGUUUCGGACAAAAUUCAUUGACCCCUUUUGGUAAAGUACCAGACAAAAGGCCAGGACAAAUCAUGCAGGGCAGUAAGACAUUUUGUAAUCUGUGCAAUAAGAAUUUCAGAACAAUCCAGAUUUUUCAGAAGCAUAAACAAAAAUUCAAACACUUUAAGUGUGAUAUAUGUACAAGCAGCUUCAUGCAGGAAAUUGACCUGAUGAGUCAUUUGAUGAGUUCACAUAAGAUCAAUGUUAAAUGUGGUUUAUGCAACAAAAAAUUGAAAUCUGUAUUUGUAAUGAGGAAUCAUUUAAAGAGGUUCCUGCACUUUAAGUGUACUCUUUGCUCAAAGAGUUUUGAAACAAACAAACAACUGGCCAUACAUUCCAUGAAGCAUAGUCUGAAACCAUACACAUGUAGUCAGUGUGGACAAUUAUUUACUCAUGAAGAAGAUUUGAACACCCAUUUCAAUUCUACUCAUAGAUUAACUUGUGAACGGUGCUCUGAAGUUUAUACUUCUAGACAAGAUUUAAGAACUCACAUCAGAUCUAGCCAUGAAGAGAGACAAGAUUUAAGAACUCACAUCAAGUCUAGCCAUGAAGAGAAACAAUUUGUAUGUACAUAUUGUACGAAAUGUUUAGCAAGCAAAUCCAGCCUGAAAGUUCACUUGAGAAUCCAUACUGGAGAAAGACCAUAUCAAUGUGAUGUAUGUUCAAAAACCUGUAUCAGUAAAAAUCGUUUGUAUAAUCACAAAAUGCGAAGUCAUAUGGGUAAGACAUUCAUAUGUGCUGAUUGCAACAGAGCAUUCAGUACCAUAUAUAGACUCAACUUACAUAGAAGAAGACACACUGGAGAAAAACUCAUCCAAUGUCAAUAUUGUCCAAAAAAAUUCCUAACAACUCAACAAUUGGAAAAUCAUAUUCGAGUUCACACAAAAGAACGCCCAUUCAUGUGUGAAUAUUGUUCAAAAUGUUUCGCGCAAAAGUACAAUUUAACCACUCAUAGGAGAAGAGUACAUUUAAGAGAGAAACCAUAUAAAUGUGAAGAGUGUUUAAAACGAUUUACUCAAAAAAGUGAGCUUAAGAGCCAUAUGAAGAUACAUAGAAACACUGGAGAGAAACCUUACAAAUGUGAAGAGUGUUCAAAAUGUUUUAGUUGGCUAAAAAGCUUAUAUCUUCA